AUGGGAGUCCUCCCUAAGACGAUUCUAGAUACUUUCACCAUCGCUCAUCGCUUAGACCUGAAGUAUAUCUGGAUUGACAGGCUCUGCAUCCUCCAGGACUCGCGCGAAGACUGGAGCCGGGAAGCUUCAAGGAUGGCACUCAUUUACAAAUAUGCCUUCCUCACUAUUUCCGCAAGCUGCGCCGCGCACGAGAACCAAGGGUGCUUCAGGAAGCGAAAUGUGGCUGGUAUCCAGCCGUUACAAUUGAUUUCGAACCCGCUUUUGCCCUCCGUGGCUUGGUGUCAUGGUAAUGCCAGUUGCAUCAGUAGCGGCGAGCCAGAAGAGAACCAGAAAUUAGGGGGGAAACUUGGACACCUGGCGGACCGCGGCUGGGUAUUUCAGGAGAGAAUCCUCUCUCACCGCAUCGUGCACUUUGCGGAAGAAGAGGUAUAUUGGGAAUGCAGGGAGCUAGAAGCAAGCGAAGCAUGGCCAGAUGGGGAUCCGCUUAAAUCACCACGCCGCCCACCGCUCUUGUAUGACUCUGGGAACGAGCACCGAGUCAAAUACUCGGCUUGGCAUAAGGUUGUUCAGGAUUAUUCUGCACGCGUUUUCACUCACGAUGGAGACAAGCUCCCGGCAUUGUCAGGUCUAGCAAGGGAGACAGCGGAACUGCGCAAAGAUGUUAGUGAAGAGUACCUCGCCGGUCUUUGGCGAUCGACCGCGCUUAUUGACCUCUGCUGGAGACAUUUUCCUGGCAGACUGAGAGUACCAGAGCAAUACCUGGCACCUUCCUGGUCGUGGGCGAGUCUAAGCGGCAACAUUGACUAUGGCAUGGGCGGUCAGGGUGUCCGAUACAGACCAGCGGCGACGUUCAAAGAUGCUCGUUUCAGAUUUGCGACCGCCGAUCCCUACGGAGCUGUUCUUGACGGAUGGAUCCAUCUCUUUGGGCACCUCAAGCCGGUCACGGUGGUCCAAUCGGGUCUACCAGAUCACGUCCGGCGGAAGAUGCCGUGGGAAGUGAGAGUUCACGGCACAAAUGGUCAAUGUCUACCGUUUGAUGAUGGUUUCCUUGGCACGCUCGAUAUUGAGACGUUCGCACCCGGGGAGAAAGAAUCCGUGGCGAUGUUCUGCUUGCCCGUGCUGAAGAAUCAGCAAUUAGACCCCGAAGAAUACUGCCCUGACUUUCACUGUCUUCUCCUUGUAGAAAAUGGUUCCAUUAAACAUAGAACAUCGAGUGUGGCCUUGCCCUCGCCGAAGGUGUGGCACGAGGAGGAAUACCAGAGGGCAGGACUGGCAACGAUUACGGUCAGCAACUGGGUAGCAUUUCAAGAAUGGUUAGAUGAAAGCCCACAACGAGAUGUUAUAAUCCGUUGA